UCUCUCACAAACUAUCACCGUUUCUUUCUUUCAUUAUAUCAUUUUGUUUGCCAAACGCAACACACCUUAAUUUAUUUAUCUAUUUCACACUAAAAAACUAAAAGUGAAAGAGAUGAGCCGUGAUCAGUUUCAGAAAAAUAGCAUGUAUAUAGAAACCCCUGAAGCUUUUACUGACGGUAGCAAAAACUUUGAUGACGAUGGACGAGCCAAAAGAACGGGUACAUGGGUGACUGCAAGUGCACAUAUCAUAACAGCAGUGAUAGGAUCAGGAGUGUUAUCACUUGCAUGGGCAAUAGCUCAAAUGGGUUGGAUUGCUGGCCCAGCAGUUCUACUUGCUUUCUCUUUUAUAACUUAUUUCACUUCCACUCUUCUUGCUGAUUCUUAUCGUUCACCUGACCCUGUUCAUGGCAAAAGAAAUUACACCUAUUCCGAAGUUGUUAGAUCUGUCUUAGGAGGAAGGAAAUUCCAGCUGUGUGGAUUAGCUCAAUAUAUAAAUCUUAUCGGUGUAACAAUUGGAUACACAAUAACUGCUUCAAUUAGUAUGGUAGCGGUGAAGAGGUCGAAUUGUUAUCACAAACAAGGGCAUGAUGCAAAGUGUUAUAUAUCAAAUAAUCCUUUCAUGAUAAUAUUUGCUUGCAUUCAAAUUGUCCUUAGCCAAAUACCAAACUUUCAUAAGCUAUCGUGGCUCUCCAUUGUUGCAGCCGUUAUGUCUUUUGCUUAUUCAUCCAUUGGCCUCGGUCUCUCUAUAGCUAAAGUGGCAGGUAGGGGACCUGCUGUACGGACAUCAUUAACAGGGGUGCAAGUUGGGGUGGACGUUACAGGGACUGAAAAGGUGUGGAGGAUGUUUCAAGCUAUUGGUGACAUUGCCUUCGCUUAUGCUUAUUCUAAUGUCCUCAUUGAGAUACAGGAUACCUUAAAAUCGAGCCCUCCGGAGAACCAAGUCAUGAAACGAGCAAGUUUGAUUGGCAUCUUGACUACAACAAUGUUUUAUAUGCUAUGUGGCUGCUUAGGUUAUGCAGCAUUUGGAAAUGAUGCACCAGGGAAUUUCCUCACAGGGUUCGGCUUCUACGAGCCGUUUUGGCUAAUCGACUUAGCCAACAUCUUCAUCGCCGUGCACUUAAUUGGAGCAUAUCAGGUUUUCUGCCAACCAAUCUUUGGAUUCGUAGAGAGUAAGAGUAAGGAAAAAUGGUCCAACAGUCAGUUUGUAAAUGGAGAGCAUGCCGUAAAUAUUCCCCUAUGUGGAACCUUACAUGUGAACUUCUUCAGGGUAGUUUGGAGAACAGCAUAUGUUGUUAUCACUGCUUUGAUAGCUAUGAUAUUUCCAUUCUUCAAUGACUUCUUGGGACUGAUUGGUUCACUUUCCUUUUGGCCAUUAACGGUUUACUUUCCCAUAGAGAUGUACAUUAAGCAGUCCAAGAUGCAAAGAUUUUCUUUCACGUGGACAUGGAUGAAGAUAUUGAGUUGGGCAUGCCUCAUUGUUUCUAUCAUCUCAGCUGCUGGUUCCAUCCAAGGCCUUGCUCAUGAUCUCAAAAAAUACCAGCCAUUCAAAGCUCAGCAAUAAUACUUAAUUCCAAAUUCUGUAUUGUUUUCUUUUCUCAGUAUCUUUUCUUUGUUUUAGUAAGUCAUCAUCAGCAAACCCACGCAUAUGUAAUGUUAUCAAGGUUUUUAUGCAAAGAUAGAGCAUAACACACCAAACAUCAGUGUAUAUAUAAUAAUAUGUCAUGAAUAAUGCACUGCUAUUUUGUUA